AUGUCUGGAAGCCAGAAGUGUCUUGCGGUCAGCUGUGACAUUCUUUUCCUGCCGUCAACUUCUCCAUCCUUCGCCUCUUCUUCUUACCGCACCUUACCAAACACAAAUUAUUUUUUUUUUAAUUUUAUCCUAUUUUAUUUUAUUUUAUUUUAUUUUAUCUAUCUAUCUAUCUAUCUAUCUAUCUAUCUAUCUAUCUAUCUCAUAAUAAUAAAAACAAAUCUAAUAAUUUUUGCCAACAAAAUCUAUCUAUCUAUCUAUCUAUCUAUCUAUCUAUCUAUCUAUCUAUCUAUCUAUCUAUCUUUAUCUUCUGUUCAUAUCUAUCUAUCUACCGCUCUCUCUCUCUCUCUCUCUAUCUAUCUUAAUCUGUUCAUAUCUAUCUAUCUAUCUAUCUAUCUAUCUAUCUAUUUUAAUCUGUUCAUAUCUAUCUAUCCACCUAUCUUAAUCUGUUCAUAUCUAUCUAUCUAUCUAUCUAUCUAUCUAUCUAUCUAUCUAUCUAUCUAUCUAUCUAUCUAUUUUAAUCUGUUCAUAUCUAUCUAUCCACCUAUCUUAAUCUGUUCAUAUCUAUCUAUCUAUCUAUCUAUCUAUCUAUCUAUCUAUCUAUCUCUAUGA